GGCGUGGUAGAGGCCAGAAAAGCACCGUUGUUCUUAGUGGAUGGAACCAGCGGAGCUAACAGUGAAACCUUGAUUGCUGGGUCUGUGAGGAUACAACAUGGGCUAUCUCUACUAUUUCCUGGGAUUUCUGCUUCUGGCUGCAAGAUUGCCACCCGAUGCCGCUAAACGAUUUCAUGAAGCGCUGAGCAAUGAAAGAACUUCUGGUUAUAUAAGGGAGUACAACCAAUUAAGUGGUUGGUCUUCAGAUGAAAAUGACUGGAAUGAAAGACUCUAUCCAGUAUGGAAAAGAGGAGACCCGAGGUGGAAAAACUCCUGGAAAGGAGGCAAUAUGCGGGUGGUUCUGACCAGUGACUCCCCAGCACUGGUGGGCUCGAAUGUAACAUUUGUGGUGAAGCUGGUGUUCCCCAGAGGCCAAAAGGAAGAUGCUGAUGGCAGCAUAGUCUAUGAGAAGAACUGCAGAAAUGAUACAGGUCCAUCUCCUGACCCACAUGCUUAUAACCGGACAGCGUGGACAGAGGACGAUGACUGGGAAAGUGGCCCCAACCAAAGCCAUCACAAUGUGUUCCCCGACGGAAGACCUUUCCCUCACCACCAUGGAUGGAGGAAAUGGAAUUUCGUAUAUGUGUUUCACACACUUGGUCAGUAUUUCCAGAAACUGGGACGAUGUUCAGAGAGAGUUUCAAUAAACACAGCCAACGUGACACUUGGCCCUCAAAUCAUGGAAGUAACUGUCUAUAGAAGACACCGAUGGACAAAUGUUCCCAUCACAAGAGCAAAAGUUGUGUACGUGGUAACAGAUCAGAUUCCUCUGUUUGUGAAUAUGUCCCAGAGGAAUGAUCGAAAUUCAUCUGAUGAUACGUUCCUCAGGGACCUCCCCAUCACGUUCAAUGUCCUGAUUCACGAUCCCAGCCAUUUUCUCAAUGAGUCUGCCAUUUACUACAAGUGGAACUUCGGGGAUAACACUGGUCUGAUUGUUUCCAACAACCACACUUUGAAUCACUUGUAUGUGCUCAAUGGAAACUUCAGCCUUAACCUUACUGUGCAAGCUGCAGUGCCUGGACCUUGUCCUUCACCUUCACGCAGACCUCCAAAACCCACCCCUUCUUUACUACUUGCUGGCGACGACUCCCUGGAGCUAAGGGAGAUACCUGGUGAAGACUGCCAGAUUAUCAGAUACGGUUACUUUAAAGCCACUAUCACAAUUAUAGAGGGAAUUCUAGAGGUUAACAUCAUUCAGAUGACAGACGUUCAGAUGGCCAUGCCACAGCCUGCCGACUCCCUGAUGGAUUUCGUCGUGACCUGCCAAGGGUCCAUUCCCACAGAGGUCUGCACCAUAAUUUCUGACCCCACCUGCCAGAUCGCCCAGAACGUAGUCUGCAACCCUGUGGAUGUGGACAUGGGCGACACAUGCUUGCUGACAGUGAGACGAGCCUUCAGAGGGUCUGGGACCUACUGUAUGAACCUCACUCUGGGUGAUGACACCAGUCUGGUCCUCACGAGCACCCUCGUCUCCAUCCCGGGCAGAGAUGCAGGCUCCCCUCUAAGAAUGGCAAAUGGUGCCCUGGUCUCUGUUGUCUGCUUGGCCAUAUUUGUCACUGUGAUAGCCCUCUUGGUGUACAAAAAACACAAGAAAUACAAACAGAUAGGAAACAGUACCGGGACCAGAGGCCAAGGCCUGAAUGUUUUUCUCAACCAUGUGAAGGUCACGUUCUUCCCUGGAAGCCGGGAAAAAGAUCCACUGCUCAAAAACCAACCAGGAACUCUUUAAACCUUCAGCCUUUUUUCUCACCCACAGCUCGCUCUUCAAGUGCCAUAUAUGUGAGCUGUGCUAGAGGAAAGGACUAUUAACUUUUUUCCGAAAGAUUAUUGUAACAUAACUAUUGUGGUUUAGGGGAGUUACAAUUUUUUUUAUACAGGUGAGAUGGCAUUAUAGGGAAGUGGUGAGGAAUUAUAUACUGCACACAGCCUCCACCAUAUUAUAUAACUGACAAAAUCAGUGAGCAGUGCUUUAUUUCAUUAUGAUUUAUUUUUUCACUUAAGUGACGUGAUGUCUUAUGUCAUUAGUAGAAUAGACAGGCUGUGUCCAAAGCAUAGGGGGAGAAGCUACUAUUAUUCAUUAGAGUCUGACCUAGGUUACCCGGAAGGAAAGGCUGGACACUUUCCAUAUAUAACCACAUAUAUAAACGAAUGUACAUACUGUAUUCUUGUCGUUAAGAUCACGUUCCAAGCUAACUGAAUCCUCUUUCAAUGCACGUGCAUGAGCUCCCAAUGGAACAAUAACAGGCCAAGCCUCUACUAUGAUGUAUAUGCUCGUUAUACAAAAAUCAUCAUCAUCAUUAUUUAAUAAAUAGGUGUGAAUAUUUUCAUGACGGGCUGCCCUGCCCAGCUGUGUAAAGGAAUGGUAUUCAUUCAUUCAUUUAUCCCCUGAACAUUUAUUUAGCACUUUCUGUAUAUCAGGCAUAUUUUUAGGCACAUGGCCUGGCAUUCAGAGUGUUGACACUUGUGUAUAUAUCUGAAUUCCUGUAUACUCUGGUGCAUGUAUUUGAAAUUAUAUAUUGUAGUUUUCUAAAGGAGACCCAUGGUUUUCCUACUAGUUUCUCUACUUAAAUGAUAUAGAAACUUGAUCAGUAAGGGUUUUACCUCCAUGUAUAACUAAAACUAUCUACUGUAUGUCAGACAUGACAUUUUUUUUUUCUCC